AUGAAAAUUUCCUUGCUGCUAGCUUUGACGGCCAGUUCCGUGGCGCAAGCAGCCCAGCUUGCAUUUCCUGGAGCUGAGGGCUUUGGAAGGUAUGCAGUUGGCGGUCGUCAAGGGGAAGUAUACAAAGUAACAAACCUCAAUGAUUCUGGAACUGGCUCGCUUCGAGAUGCAGUAUCGAAGCCCAACAGGAUAGUUGUCUUCGACGUCGGUGGAGUUAUCAAGAUAUCCGAACGUAUCGUCGUGUCUAAGAACAUUUAUAUCGCCGGCCAAACUGCUCCUGGUGGUGGGAUCGUCGUCUACGGCAAUGGCUGGUCUCUCUCCAACGCCAAUGACUCUAUCGUGCGAUACAUCACCAUUCGUAUGGGCAAAGGUGGAACCUCAGGUAAAGACGCAAUCGGUAUUGCUGACGGUAAAAACAUUAUCUUUGAUCACGUCAGCGUCUCGUGGGGACGUGAUGAGACUUUCUCUAUCAAUGGAGACGUCACGAAUGUUACCAUCCAGAAAACUAUCAUUGCUCAGGGUCUUGUUUCUCACUCUUGUGGUGGCUUGAUGCAGACUGAUGGCGGAGUCAGCUUAUUCCGCAAUCUGUAUAUUGAUAACAAGACUCGUAACCCCAAGGUCAAGGGUGUUAACGACUUCCAGAACAAUGUCGUGUAUAACUGGGGAGGUGGUGGCGGUUACAUUGCUGGAGAUAGUCAAGCUGACAGCUAUGUUAACAUCAUCAACAACUAUUUCAUUUCUGGUCCAGACACUACAGUCACAGCCUUUACUCGAGGAAACAGUUGCUUCCAUGCUUACGUCAAGGAUAACUUCUACGACUCCAACCGCAACGGCAAGCUUGAUGGCACUGCUCUUUGCGAGAAAACCAGUUGCUACUCUGACAUUGAUUUUAUCAAGACUCCAUACAACUAUCCGGCUCCCACAGCCCUCUCCCCCCAGGCAGCCGUCGAACUAGUCCUCAAAGGCGUUGGAAAUUCACUGCAUAGGGAUACUGUUGAUACUGCCCUUAUUGAUCAGGUCAAAUCUUACGGAACCAAGGGAGGGCAAAUCUCUGAUGAGAAGGAGUUUGGUGGUGUUGGAGAGAUUGCAAAUGGUGCCGCUCUGAAAGAUUCAGAUGGUGAUGGCAUUCCUGAUGAAUGGGAAACAAAGAAUGGUCUUAAUCCCAAUGACGCUUCAGAUGGUAUGAAGGUUGCAUCAAAUGGGUAUGCUAACUUGGAGAACUAUGUGAACUCUCUUGUUUAA